CGGUAUAUAGUAUAUACAACACGCCGAGAGAGAGAGAGAGAGAGAGAGAGAGUUUUAUACGGUGGCCGGAGGGGAAGAGAAUCUAUAGGGAAAUUUCUGUUCCCGGUCGCGGGAGGUGUUGGAUGUAGCGGGAGGGUCAGGGACGUGGGAUCGGGAUCGAGCGGUUUGGGGAUGGGGGUGCCGAGCGAGGACGCGGUGGUGGUACAGUUGGGAAAGCGGGCCGGAGAGCCGAGCGUGAUCACCGUCAACUGCCCGGACCAGACCGGCCUCGGCUGCGAUCUCUGCCGGAUUAUUCUCGAGUUCGGCCUCAGCAUUACCCGAGCAGAUAUCUCGAGGGAUGGGCAAUGGUGCUACUUAGUGUUCUGGGUCCUUCCAUGCUCUGCCUCCAUUAACAUCCAGUGGACGAGCUUGAAGGACAGGCUGCUAUCUGUGUGCCCAUCCUUCUCCAUACCCUUCUACUUUGACUUGGGGAAUAGGCCAACAACUUCUCAGGUGUACCUCUUGAAGCUGUUCUCCGUGGAUCGGAAAGGAUUGCUGCAUGAUGUCACUCAUGUUCUUUGUGAACUUGAGCUUUUGAUUCAUAGAGUUAAGGUGUCGACAACCCCUGAUGGUAGAGUCAUGGACCUCUUCUUCAUUACAGAUGGCAUGGAACUCUUGCACACUAAAAAGAGACAGGAUGAGAUGUGUGAGAGACUGAAUGCUGUUCUGGGAGAGUCAUGCAUCAGCUGCGAGAUCCAAUUAGCUGAAGAUUUUCAACAUGGAGUCUCUUCUCUUCCAUCAGCAGUUGCUGACGAAUUAUUUAGUUUGGAGCUUUCAGAUAUCGAAGUCUGCUCACAGUCACUUAGUCCAGAUAUGAAAAAGCUGAAGAAGGCUAAUGUAAACAUUGACAAUUCAUUGAGCCCUGCCCACACUUUGCUCCAGAUUCAUUGUGUUGAUCAGAAGGGCCUCCUUUAUGACAUUAUGAGGACCUUGAAGGAUAGCAACAGUCAGAUAGCUUAUGGGCGAUUUCUGUCGGACAAGAAAGGCUACCGUGAGGUGGACCUCUUUAUCCAGCAAACUGAUGGAAAGAAGGUUGUGGAUCCUGAGAAGCAGGAAGCACUGUGUUCCCGUUUGAAGUUGGAGAUGCUUCAUCCACUAGGAGUGAUGAUUGUGAACCGUGGUCCUGACACCGAACUCCUUGUUGCGAACCCGGUCGAGUUGUCUGGAAAGGGAAGGCCUCGUGUAUUUUAUGAUGUCACGCUUGCUCUAAAAGUGCUUGGUAUCUGCAUUUUCUCAGCUGAAAUCUGUAGGCACACCACAUCUGAUAGGCAAUGGGAGGUCUACAGAUUUCUCUUGGAUGAAACCAGACAGUUUCCACUGGCAAAUAGCAGAGCUAGAAGUCAGAUUGUGGAUAGAGUGAGGAGAACAUUGAUGGGUUGGUAAAGCAAGAAUGACUUUCAGAAAGUUCAGCUGGGCUGUAAAUCCCAUAACUCUUUUACAUUUUCUUCUAUGCAUCUUGUAUGGCUGGUGGUGGUUGUAAACGGCCCAGUCUUCUGCUGUACAGUACACUCACCAUAUAAUAGUCAUUAUAGGAAAAUGCUAUAAUAAUUAAUUUCUUGUUGCAUG